UUAUUUAAACGCAGAAAUGUUUCUCUCCUGGGAAAUGAAGAGUCUAUGGUAGAAAGCCCCAUCCAGGAUCCUGAUGUCAGCUCUACUGUACCUAUUCCAGAAGAAGAAGUUAUUACAGCUGAUAUGGUACAGAUGAUUUUCUCAGAUGAUCCUGAUCAACAGCUCACAGCAACACAAAAAUUUAGAAAACUGCUUUCUAAAGAGCCUAAUCCACCUAUAGAUGAAGUGAUACAGAAACAAGGAGUUGUGCAGAGGUUUGUGAAAUUUCUAGAGAGGAAUGAGAAUUGCACUCUCCAAUUUGAAGCAGCUUGGGCUUUGACAAAUAUAGCAUCUGGAACUUUUCUACACACCAAAGUAGUAAUUGAGACUGGAGCUGUUCCAGUUUUUAUUAAGUUGCUUAAUUCAGAACAUGAAGAUGUACAGGAGCAGGCAGUGUGGGCUCUUGGUAAUAUUGCUGGUGACAACGCAGAAUGCAGAGACUUUGUCUUAAACUGUAGAAUACUCCCACCACUCUUGGAAUUGUUAACAAAUUCAAAUAGACUUACAACAACUAGAAAUGCAGUCUGGGCCCUCUCAAACCUCUGUAGAGGCAAGAAUCCACCUCCAGACUUUAGUAAGGUUGCUCCUUGCUUAAAUGUUUUAUCAAGACUGUUAUUUAGCAGUGACCCAGAUGUAUUAGCAGAUGCUUGUUGGGCCCUCUCUUACCUUUCAGAUGGACCCAAUGAUAAAAUUCAAGCAGUUAUUGAUUCUGGAGUCUGUCGAAGAUUGGUGGAACUUCUUAUGCACAAUGAUUACAAGGUGGUGUCUCCUGCAUUAAGAGCAGUUGGAAAUAUUGUGACUGGUGAUGAUAUUCAAACACAGGUAAUUCUAAAUUGCUCUGCAUUACCCUGUCUCCUUCAUUUGCUGAGUAGUCCUAAGGAAUCCAUUCGAAAAGAAGCAUGCUGGACUGUUUCUAAUAUUACUGCAGGAAACAGAGCUCAGAUUCAGACUGUUAUAGAUGCAAAUAUUUUUCCAAUAUUGAUUGACAUUCUUCAGAAAGCUGAAUUUCGCACCAGAAAAGAAGCAGCAUGGGCCAUCACUAAUGCAACAUCAGGAGGUACUCCUGAACAGAUAAGGUAUUUGGUAGCAUUAGGUUGUACUAAGCCUCUUUGUGAUCUCCUGACUGUGAUGGAUUCCAAAAUAGUGCAGGUGGCUUUGAAUGGACUUGAAAAUAUUCUGCGUCUUGGAGAGCAAGAAUCCAAACAAAAUGGAAUGGGCAUUAAUCCUUACUGUGCCCUUAUAGAGGAAGCAUAUGGACUGGAUAAAAUUGAAUUUCUUCAAAGACAUGAAAACCAAGAGAUCUACCAGAAGGCUUUCGAACUUAUAGAACAUUACUUUGGUGUGGAAGAAGAGGAUACCAGUAUUGCACCUCAGGUGGAUGAGAGUCAGCAGCAAUUUGUGUUUCAGCAGCAGGAAGCACCAAUGGAAGGGUUUCAGCUAUAACUAUUAAAGUGAAGAUAAGGCAAAAAUAUGAACAUUUGUAACUUUUCAGGGGUCUCCUCUUCAUGGCCAAAGUUAGAGGAGAGGUUUGAAUGUGUUUGGCAGAACACAGGUAAAGAAGCAGCCAGUGCACUGUUAUACUUUUCUGUUAGAUACAACUUUUCAUUCAGUGUUUUUUGGUUUGGGUUUUUUUUGUAUUUGUGUGUAUUUCAUAUGUUCAGAAAACUAACUCUGUGAGUAAUCAAGUCUAAUAUAAAGGCUUAUGUGAUUUAACAAGAAUGGUAAAGCUUGAAUAAUAACUUUAGUAGGAUUUUAGGUAGUGGUUCUGAAUUUUUCAUGCAAUUUCUGCAACUGCAGUAAAGCUGUUGGCAAUUGCAUUUUGCCAGUAAACUUGACAUGCCCAAUCUAUAUCAAAUCUACCUCUAUAUUGAAGCAAAAAAGUUGCUUCAGAACUAAAGCAUGAAUAAAGAUGAGCUUGUCAAAAGCUAAAUUUAGAAUGUGAAAAAUAUUUAUUUAAAUUGUGAAAUGUAGUUUUAUGCAUUAUACUUUGCAUAGAGCAUAGACCAGUGAAAUAUAUUUAUAAAACAUUUAAAAGCAUAAUGCAGAUUUUUUGUUUAAGUAUAUACUGUUUAAAUACCAGAUGUAGCUUUGAAUAUGUGACAAAAAAGCUGUUCUGCAUUAUGUGGUUUUCAAGUUGUAAUCAGCAGAGAGCUGGGUGGUCAUGUGAUGCUGGCUCCUUAUUUCAAGCUGCUAAACAGCAUUAAAGGUAAGCUACAAAUAAAAUACUUUGCUGUGUAAGCAAUUGCUGAAGUUUGCCACAGGGAUGUUGUAAUUGUAAAUGAGAAAGGAGGUAAUUUGCGCAGUUGUAAAUGAUAGGGGAGAUGGUUUAUGUGACUAUCUCCAUAUUAAAAUGUGGUAACAAUAUAAAAGUUUGACAAAUCUUGCAAUACUUGCCUUUCUUGAAACAUUUACUUAUUUAAACAAAGUUUAGACUGUAUGUACGUAUUGUAUUUUUAACCAAAUAUGCUACCGCUUUUUGAAUUUUUUUUAAGUCAGAUGUCUCCAUUUUCUUUGUUUUAGACAAGGCUGUAGAAAUGUGCCCUGUUAUAAUCCAUAGUGUUGCUGCAACUGGGGGAAAACAAUCUCUUUUCCAUUUGAUUGAAGGAAAAAGGUUUGCUUUGUUGUAAAUAUUAAGUAUAUGAACACCAAAAUGAAUCUGAAGAUGUCUGCUAAAUAUUUAAUUUCUAAAACACUUAAUGUCUGUUUGCUACUACCUGCCAAAAGAAAUAUAUCUAAGAAUUUGAAACAAUUCUUCUGUAUGCUUUGAAAAUCUACAUUAGAUUUUUUUUGUAUAUUCAAAAUGUCUAUACCACACUGCUUGAUCUCACUUACCAGUAGCCAGUCUGAAUUUGGAUUAAUGAAAUUAUAUAAUUGUGGUUAAAUAUAUUAGUCAAAUAUUGUGUUGAAAUAAUAGUGAAAGCUUCUUUGAGCUAUGAAACUAUUUGAACCAUGUACAAUAGUUGAAAUUUCAACAGUUAAAAUCACUCUUCCCAUGGUAGCGUGCUUGUCACUAAACAAAAUGUUGAUACGCUGAGAAAUCCAAAUUAGAGCAUGGUAUCAUUUAUAUACUGUGUUCUGGAUUUAAACUUGUUUAUAAAAUGUACAAAUACUGUUUUCAGUUAAAAUUCAUAAUGUGUUUCACUUUGAGACUGUUAAAGCACUAUAUAUUGUGUAGUAGUUUCAAGGUGAGAAUUGAAGCAGAUUUUAUAAGAUUAAUAGUCGGUUGUGACUAUUAACAUAUUUAAAGUAGCAAGAUGAAUUU